AUGCCUCCGUUUCGUAUGCCCUUCACUACCAAGCGGCCCACGGUCAGCACAGAGCCCGUCGACGAGAACAGCCGCCCGACAUCCAACGAUGGAAGCGUCACCAGCCCGUACAGAGACAAACCUUCUGUAGCCCUUGGGAUUAAAGAAAGACGAGAGGCGCCGGAUGAAUUCAAGUUGAGUUCCGUCAACGACAGUGGUGAAUACCUGCCUCCAUCUCCGACAGAGAAGAAGCCCUUCUGGGUCAAAUCUCCAUCUACCACAAGCAGCAAUCACCGCAGUUGCUUCAACGAGAACGAACCUUUCUCCAUUUCCCGUGAAUCCUUCGAGUCCUACCGACGGUCUUUCGACAUUUCCGGCCGGUCCCCCAUCGUGCUGACGGACAGCUUCAACUCGCGUACAUCACUAGACUCACGACCGUCGACUCGAUUCCCCACCCGAUCCACGUUGAACAGCACCACGUUUGAGAAGCCCACAGCAGAGGAAGAGGGGUUUGAGGAUGUCAAGUUGAACGAAGAGCCGAAACAACAGCCCAAAAAGAAAAGCUUUCUCUCCCGGUUCGGCGACUCCAGCAGCGACGCCGCUCCUGUGAAGGAAGACGGCAAACAUCAUUUCCAUCUGCUUCCGGGACGAAGACGAGGUCAGAGUGGGACAGGCAGCGAGCUGGGAGAGAUAUCUCGACCCGAGAGUAGUGGCAAGGCGGAAGUGACGGUACGGUAG